AUGCGUGGCUUAUCGCACGUCUUUGCAUUUAUUGACAAACAUUUUUUCCCUUCGUUAUUUUCUUCUCUCUCCCUUUCAUUUUGUUGCGGGGGGGUUACGCCCCCUAACUGCACACAGCGACGGGUGGGUGUUAGGAUGGAUGCGCAGUUAUUCGCAACAGCCGACGUGGAUCCCACUGUGCCGCGGCCGGAAGAAGAGGCAGAGCGGCAGCAGAGGCGUCACCAGGAAACAGAACAAAGCGAGAAGCAAGAGGAUGAAUCAUCCCUUUUCUUUUUGGGCGAAUCUGCCUUCAGCGUCUAUGAGGAAAUGGCGGCCCAGUUGCGUCAAUUGGGUUGGAGAGAGGCGCGAUCGAAGGGACUCAUUGUGCAAUGCGAUCUUGUUUUGGGCGACCGUUUCACGAUACCGUACUCGUUGCUGCGGUGUGAGCGGUUGCCGGCGACAUCGCGGUACGGUGGCUAUCGGUGGAUCAAUUAUUUCCGCGGCUCGCACCGGCUAACUCUCAAGGCGUCAAUGGCGCGGAUACUUUCCGGUUCUGAUGCCACCCACGAUGAGUGGAUGCCGAGCUCCUUUGUGCUGGGCGGUGACCAGAAGAGGCGACCGGAUGAUAGGGAGGCGUUUCUGCGUUGGGUGGAGCAGCACCCUGAAGGGACCUGGAUCAUCAAACCGAGCAGCGGCAGCAAAGGGAAGGAUAUUCUGCUGACACGCGGUCUCUCAGGGAUUGAAAAAUUCAUUCAGGAGCUGGAUCCGAGCAGCCGCAGCAUCUUCGUGGCGCAGCGGUAUGUAGACCGUCCGUUGUUGUACCGCGGAAGAAAGUUUGAUGUUCGAGUGUGGGCUUUUUUAAAGACACCGUAUGAUAUCUACGCCUUUUCGCAGGGGAGUUGUCGCACCUCGAGCGUGCUGUACGACGCGGACAACUUUGGUAACACGCUGGCGCAUCUUACGAACCACUGUCUACAGGAGGGGUCGCCACAAUUCGGGCAGUAUGAGAGUGGCAAUGAGCUCUGGUUCCCGCAGCUCUCAGCGUACCUGCGCGAGGUGUACAAGGAAGACGUUUUUGGAAAAAAAAUUCUUCCUCAGAUUGGCAAUAUCAUUCUGCGCACUUUGUUGACGAUGAAGGGAGAGUUGGAGGUACUGCCUGACAUGCCGUACAAAUGCUUUCAGCUCUUUGGGUACGACCUCAUCAUUGACGAGCAGCUGAACGUUUUCUUGUUGGAAAUCAACGGAUCCCCCGGCGUGGCAACGAAAUAUUUGCAUCCGGUCGUGAAGGAAACCCUCGCAAUUGUGGGCGGCGACGAUGCUUUGCGUGUGUGGGAUGUAGAUACCGUGCGGUUUGUGAAGUUGUGGGGAGUCGGAGACGCGCUUCCCGAUGGAGCCGCACGGAUGUGA